UUGUGAACGAUGUAAAAAUGGAUUUUGGGAAAUGAGAAAAGAAGAUCCUGAUGGUUGUCGGCCAUGUUCUUGGAAUCUAAUAGGGACUUAUGGGAAUGAAGGUUGUGACAAAGUGACAGGAAAGUGUACAUGUAAAGCUCUUGUAAUGGGAGAACAAUGUGAUCAUUGUCUUCAAGGACAUUAUGGACUAAGUGUUGACGAUCCUAAUGGAUACAAGACUUGGUAA